GCUAGGGCCAUGCCCUGCCACUGCCAGUUCUGUUCUGCCCUGCUCACGAAAGGAACUCCUCUAACCUUGGACUUCUCCUUCAAGAUCUUUUCUCGGCCUGCUGUCCAAAUCCCCUCUCCCUCAGUUUCGGCUCUUCCGGCUGGACUCCAUCUUUCCUGGUCACAGGACCCAGGGACUCGUGAAAAAAUGAUGGAAUCUAUGGAGGAUAAACCAGUAGAGAAUCUUCAGCAAACAGAGUCAGACCAGCCAAGGGGACAAGGAGUCUCCUUCAAUCAUGAGAGUGAGGAAACAUUAUCCGAAAUCUUCAAGCUUCUGCAGAUCGACGUAGGGGAAGAAAGCCCAAAGGCAUCAUUCAAGACAAAUGAAACACGGUCCUCGAAAAAUGUCUUAAGGAAACAGAAACAUUGGAAACAAAUCAUCGCAGCAAAAAGGAGCAAGAGAAAGCAAGCAAAAGAGAGAAGAAGAGCCAAGCAUGCUGAAGACACAAGCGUCUGCCACCAGUAUAGCAAACGUGUUUUGAAAGCAAUGAUGCGAGAGAGAUUUUUGGCGGCCAGAGAUUCUGGACCCAGACUCUGUGUAGAUUUGAGCAUGACCAAGUACAUGUCGAAAAAGGAACUAAGCCGUCUGGCCUCCCAAAUUCGAAGGCUGUACGGUUCGAACAAGAAAGCCGCCAAGCCAUUCUGGAUAUACCUCACUGGGUUCGAGGCCAACAGUACCCUGUAUGAAGAAUGUUUGAGGAUGAAUGAUGGAUUUUCCAAUUACCUCAUGGACGUAACAGAAGAUGACUACCUUAAUUUAUUUCCUUUGGAAUCGCUUGUAUAUCUGACUCCUGACUCAGAACACGUGCUUGAAAAUAUUGACGUAAACAAAAUUUACAUCCUUGGUGGACUUGUGGAUGAAAAUGUUCAAAAGAGGCUGACAUUUCAGAAGGCCCAAGAAAACUCCAUCCAGACGGCCCGACUGCCGAUCCCGGAGUACAUGGUUAGAAAUGCGAAUGCCAAGAACUAUCAUUCAGAAAUAUUGGCAAUCAAUCAAGUGUUUGAUGUGCUGUCAACUUACUAUGAGACUCAAAAUUGGCCUGAGGCCCUGAAAGCUGGAGUUUCACCUAGAAAAGGUUACAUUCUUCAGGAUUCAAUGGACACUACACCCUCCGUGAGAUGAGUUUUGAGAGAAUAUUGUCUAUCUUCACUCGGGUCUCAAGAUUCUCAAACCAGCAACACUAGUAUUAAAGACUGCUCUCAAUCCUUAA